UCCCACGAAGCUCCCACCACGGAAGCUUUUUUGUGUGCGUGUGAGCGUGAGUGUGUGUGUGUAGGGGGGGGGUCAAGCAGCAAAAAAACACGUCUACACAUUGGAAUGUUUAUAAACGGAGUCAAAGAGAGAUUUUUGUCUAAAGUAAGGCGACUUUUUGCGCGGUGAUGUGUGCGGAUGUGAAGUACUGGUCAACAACGCUGGUCAAGCCAAACCGGACAGAAACGAGGCGCUGAGGGGGAUCCGAGUUCGCCGGCGUCAAGUUUGACAAGGAAGGGGACGGGGGGGAACUUUUGCAACAACAAAAAAAACAACAAAAGACGAAGGAAUUCUGUUAACUUGUCGCUUUGCAGGAGCAUCUCUAAACCAUGGCGAAAAAGUAUGAUUUUCUCUUCAAGUUGCUGCUGAUUGGGGACAGCGGAGUCGGGAAAACAUGUCUGAUCAUUCGCUUUGCUGAGGACAAUUUCAACUCCACUUACAUCUCAACUAUCGGCAUCGACUUUAAAGUUAAAACUAUUGACGUGGACGGAAAGAAAGUAAAACUGCAAGUAUGGGACACGGCGGGCCAAGAGCGCUUUAAGACCAUCACCACGGCCUACUACAGAGGAGCCAUGGGCAUCAUCCUGGUCUACGACAUCACAGACGAGAAAUCCUUUGAAAACAUCCAGAACUGGAUGAAGAGCAUCAAAGAAAAUGCAUCAGCAGGGGUGAGUCGAAUGUUGCUCGGUAAUAAGUGUGACAUUGAAGCCAAGCGCAAAGUUACCAAGGAGACAGGAGAAAAGCUGGCUAAGGAUCACGGCAUCAAGUUCUUUGAAACCAGCGCCAAGUCUAGUAUUAACGUUGAGGAGUCCUUUCUGUCAUUGGCAAGAGACAUACUUCACAAAUCCAGCAAGAAACCUGCUCCCACAGGCCGUGAGGUGAAGAUCACCAGCAGCACAGAGAAAAAAACUUCCAAAUGUGCUCUUCUCUAGACACGGAAAAACACACAAACACACACUCACUGUGCCAGUUUCCCUUCAUCUUAACAGGACACAUGAUUAUGAAUCUGACACACAACAAGUCUUAGGUCUCCAUCUGGUGGCGCACCCUUCGCCAAUAUGUAUGGCACAUUUCUUGAUCUUUGUGGUGUCUCCACACAAGUGCAUUGGAUUCCAUUUCCCAACUUCAAACUGUAGGUGUCGAAUCAUUUCAGCGAGGAUUUUCAAUCCAUUCCACUCAUUUCUACUUGUGGCCAGUGCAGUAUGUUUUCACACCACAUCACCAAAUGCCGAAAGAGAGAACAAGUGAGUGUUUGUGAGACGCGAUUGUGCUAUCUUUAAGACGCUCCCAACGUGACCUCCAACACGCUCUACUAUCUGUUAGUCUCGGUUACUCUCGCUAUGAGCCUUGAGCAUUUCAUUCAUUCAUUCAUUUGUUACAUGUUUAGAAUCAAGCACAGGUAGCACAUGGACACAAGACAUCAAGAAACUAAAUAUGUGGAAAAAGUAAACGUUACAUGAAGAGACUGGUUACGUGGAUGUUUGAGGCAGUCACAAGUGCAAUAUUGAAGAUGUGAGGAGAUAAGAUGGAUGAAGCAAGUAAAUGAGUCAGAUGUGAGAUUUGUGAGACCGUCUGGGGAAUUUCCUGUUCACUCAAAAGGACUAUAAAGUACAGUACAGCACCUCACCGUUUGGUUCCCUGCUAAAACACAUCCUGCAUCUUGGUAGGAUUCACUCUGCCGCUGUUGGUUUGUGGCCACACUUGUUGCAUUAAAAAAAAAAAAAAAAC